AUAAAAUUGAUGCAUCGCUGAAAAAACAUGGUUGUUCAGGAAAAUCAAAAAGAGUAAGAACAAUUUUCACUCCUGAACAGCUGGAAAGGCUUGAAAUGGAGUUUGAACGUCAACAAUAUAUGGUGGGUCCUGAAAGGUUGUAUUUGGCACAUACUUUACAGCUGACUGAAGCACAAGUUAAAGUUUGGUUCCAAAAUCGUCGCAUCAAGUGGAGAAAACAACAUUUAGAGAUACAACAACAAAGGUUAGCUAAUAUACAUCAGAGAAAUACACACGAAAUUGUACAGGAGUGCGAAGAUGAUGACGAUUCAGAAACAGAUACAAACAAUUGUUCGUUUUACUCUUAAUCGUUAGAUAGAGGUAAUCGUUCUUCUUAUACUAUAUUGUAAAUUCAUCUACAUCUGUGUAAAGUAUGAAAAAUAAUAUGUGAUCAUUAAGUUGCAAGUCCACAUGAAAACAUUUAUUAAAAAGAAUGGGUUGAAAAGGUAAUUAUGCCGCCAAAAGAAAUAUUUCAUUAGUUGGUAUAUUCAUAUUUGUGGUUGUCAACUGAAUAGAAAUACUAGAAAUAGUUUUAUACCUUCAUACAAAUUUUGAAUUAAUCUUUCAAACUUGGAAAGUAACAACGAAAACAGCCUCCCCUUUUGAAAUACAUUUCAGGUAAAGUGCACGGUAUAAUUGUCUCCGAAAUGUAUUAUUUGAUCCUAAACACUUCUAUCAUCUUUUAUUGUACCUAUUGUAUAAAAUUAUGUAAAUACUAUUUAUUUGAUGAAAGUUAAAGUUAAAUUAUUUUAUCAAAAGUUAUUUAAUAAAAGCUUAAUCGUGUAGAAUUAUUGUCUAAAAAUUAUGUAAAAAUUAGAUAAUAAGAAUCUGGUGAUUAUUAUCAUUACCAAACACUUUGAUUAUUAUUAAUGUUUAUGUAUUUAUGUAUUACUUUUCCUAAAAAUGUAAAUAAAUUAUUUAUUUUGUAUAUAAUACAAACAGACAAAAAUAUACAUAUUAUGUGUUAAAUAAA